AUGGGUGAUGUUGAGGAGAGCAAGAAGAUUUUUGUUCAGAAGUGUGCCCAGUGCCAUACUGUGGACCAGGGAAGCAGGCGCAGGACUGGGCCAAAUCUCCACGGUCCUUUUGGGCAAAAGACAGGUCAUGCCCCAGGAUUUUCUUACACUGAUGCCAACAAGAACAAAGGCACUCCCUGGAGAGGGGCUAUGCUGAUGGAGUAUUUGAAGAAGCCCAAGAAGUGCAUCCCUGGAACAAAGCUGAUCUUCGCUGGCAUUAAGAAGAGUUCAGAAAGGGCAGCUUUGGUAGCUUAUCUCAGAAAAGCUGCUAAUGAGUAA